CCCUCCGACUACAGAAAAAGAUACUAUAGUGAUCGAGGAUGACAAGAAAGACAAUGAAGAUAACGUUUCUUCGAAUGAGAAAGAUAUUCCGACUGUUGAGCAAUUCAGACUAUAUGAAGAACUGGAAGAACUUGAGAAGCAAUUGGAAUUAGAGAUUUCUGAAGAUUUAGCUGAUAUAUGA